CAGUCAGGUCACGUGAUAUGACGACAGCUCGCUGACUGUGCUAUGUGUUUUCUCUGUGUAUUUAUUUAGAAAUGACACUUUUCUCGCUUGUACCGGCUCAUCGUGUUGGAGGGACGCUCCGCAGCCGUCAGAACUGUCGCUCCGGACCACGCUGCUCCAGAAGUCCGCUGUGGAAACCCGCCGCUGUGGGCCUGCACGUCACGUGACCAGCAUGCGGCUGAGCGUCGGAUAAAAAGAUGGCGUGGAGCGCCCAGGAGCCGCGAGGACAACAAACCUUGAAGUGCCGAGCGGCCGGACCUCAGAGAGCCGAACAGAUGGAUCCUGGACAGGAUUUACUCCUCGCUGCUUUGAGUGAAAGUGGAAUUUGUCCAAAUGAUCUUGGUUUAUUAGACAUUGAUUCUCAGGAUGUUACACAGCCUUCUACAACUCAAUCCAUCUCCAUCAGUGCCCUGGAUGUUGGUGUUGGAACAGAAUCAGUGGCAGUGGUUCGACCUGAACCCUCCCCUACAGCCCCCGUAGUUACAAUCAGACAUAAACCUCAGCCAUCGACCACCACGUUUGUCUUAAAUCAGCUGAAUCAGUUGCCAUCGCUGGGGACUGCUGUGACCAAACAGUCUGUUACCAACCCAAUCAAGCACACCAUAACUGUCACCAAAGUGGUUCAUGUGGACAAUUCAGCUCUGCGAAGUUCACCGACUCCCAUGAUUACAAGUGUUUCUCCUUUGCUGUCUACAGUAGUGCCUUCUAACAAAGAUCAGCAAAUUCAGUUGAAAGACCUCCUUCAAACUGGCAAUGUGAAAAGCGUGGGUCUAAAGAGCAACAGCCUGAAAGAGCUCAUGAAGUUAAAACCUCCACCUGACAUUGCUCCACCUGUGGCAACAGCCACAACAUCAGGUGACAAGAACAAUGGAAUCAAGAAGGACAUGUUGGUUAAAGAUGGCUCUAGGUUAUGGGUUAAAGAUGACAUUAAAAUGCAAAACUUUUCAAAUUCUCUGAAACCACCAGGGCUAAAGGAGGAAGAUGAACCUGAGGAAGAAGAGGAAGAUGAGCUUGGUCACGCAGAGACCUAUGCAGAAUACAUGCCAAUGAAAUUGAACAUUGGCUUGAGGCAUCCCGAUCCUGUGGUGGAGACCAGUUCUCUGUCGAGUGUGAACCCUCCAGAUGUGUGGUACAAACUGUCCAUCCCAGAGGAAGUCAUUGAUCGAGGCUGCUUGUCUGCACUGCAGCUGGAAGCCAUUACGUAUGCAGCUCAGCAACACGAGACGUUCCUCCCUAGUGGUGACAGAGCUGCCUAUCUGAUAGGUGAUGGAGCUGGUGUAGGGAAAGGCCGGACGAUUGCUGGGAUCAUAUAUGAAAAUUACCUUUUGGGCAGAAAGAGAUCUCUUUGGUUUAGUGUCUCAAAUGAUUUAAAAUAUGAUGCUGAACGGGAUUUAAGGGAUAUCGGAGCAAAAAAUAUUCAAGUUCAUUCACUGAACAAGUUUAAAUAUGGUAAAAUCUCCUCAAAACACAAUGGGAGUGUGAAGAAAGGUGUCAUCUUCGCCACAUACUCAUCUUUGAUAGGAGAGAGCCAGUCUGGAGGGAAAUACAAAACCAGAUUUCAACAGCUUCUCCACUGGUGUGGAGAAGACUUUGACGGGGUUAUUGUCUUUGAUGAGUGUCACAAAGCCAAAAAUGUGUGUCCCAUUGGGUCAUCCAAGCCCACAAAAACUGGGCUGGCAGUUUUGGAGCUGCAGAACAAACUUCCAAAAGCUCGUGUUGUGUAUGCCAGCGCUACAGGUGCCUCUGAGCCACGAAACAUGGCAUAUAUGAACCGACUGGGUAUAUGGGGCCAUAAAACACCCUUUAGAGAAUUUGGCAACUUCAUCCAAGCUGUGGAGCGAAGAGGUGUUGGUGCCAUGGAGAUCGUAGCUAUGGACAUGAAACUCAGGGGCAUGUAUAUUGCAAGGCAGCUGAGCUUUACUGGAGUGACUUUCAAGAUUGAGGAGGUUCCUUUAACUCAGAAGUACAUUCACAUGUACAACAAGUCUGUGAAGCUGUGGGUGACUGCGCGUGAGAAGUUCCAGCAGGCUGCUAACCUCAUGGAAGCAGAGCAACGCAUGAAGAAGUCAAUGUGGGGCCAGUUCUGGUCUGCCCACCAAAGGUUCUUUAAAUAUCUUUGCAUUGCUUCUAAAGUCCGCCGUGUGGUCCAGCUAGCCAGAGAGGAAGUUCAGAAUGGGAAGUGUGUGGUGAUAGGUCUUCAGUCCACUGGUGAAGCAAGAACACUGGAGGCCUUGGAGGAAGGAGGAGGAGAACUCAAUGAUUUUGUAUCAACUGCAAAAGGUGUGCUGCAGUCUCUGAUUGAGAAGCACUUUCCUGCACCAGACAGACAGAAACUUUACAGUUUACUGGGUAUUGACCUCUCUGCAAAAAAGACACCCAUCCUAAGGGACACUGCCACAGAGCCUGAACAGAAAGGGAAGAAAAGAAAGGGCUCAGAGGGACAAAAGCAACAGAAAAAAAGGCCACGCAAACAUGGUGGUCUUUCAGGGACAAGUUCAGAGGAAAGUGAGUCCGAGGACUCUGACAAAGAAUCAGGUGACGACAGCUUCAAAUCUGUCAGCUCAGCAGAUGAAGACGACGAUUUCAACCCGUUCAGAGACGAAUCUGAUGACGAUGCAGAAGACGAUCCAUGGCUCAUCAGAAAGGAACCAAAGAAAAAGAAAGAGAAAAAGAAAAAGAAGAAAAGGAAAAGUAUUGAUCCAGAUUCCAUUCAGUGUGCAUUGUUAGCCUCUGGACUGGGCUCAACCAGGCCUGGUUUUACUGCCUCAGUUACCACCAGCACUCCUGCCCCUGUCAGGACAGAGACUCAGGAUAGCUUUCUGACAAGUCAAGACUCGGUGGAACUUGCCCAAAAGAUGAAGAAAGAUCUCCUGGAACAACUGGAAGAAUUGUCUGAAGAUCUGCCUCCCAACACGCUCGAUGAGUUAAUAGAUGAGCUGGGAGGUCCAGAAAAUGUGGCUGAGAUGACUGGUCGUAAAGGUCGUGUGGUCAGUAAUGAUGACGGCAGCAUCACGUAUGAAACUCGCUCUGAGCUGGACGUUCCAGUGGAAAUCCUUAAUCUUACAGAAAAGCAGAGGUUCAUGGAUGGAGAAAAGAACAUAGCAAUCAUCUCAGAAGCUGCCAGCUCAGGAAUAUCCCUGCAGGCCGAUCGGCGAGUGCGGAAUCAGCGGAGAAGAGUUCACAUGACUCUAGAGCUUCCAUGGAGUGCAGACAGAGCUAUCCAGCAGUUUGGGCGAACACAUCGGUCAAACCAGGUCACAGCUCCAGAAUAUGUUUUCCUCAUAUCGGAGCUUGCAGGAGAACAAAGAUUUGCAUCUAUUGUCGCCAAAAGACUAGAAAGUCUGGGGGCUCUUACUCAUGGAGACAGACGAGCAACAGAAACUCGAGAUCUCAGCAGGUUCAAUUUUGACAACAAAUAUGGCAGAAAUGCUCUGGAAAUAGUGAUGAAAUCUAUUGUAAAGCUCGACUCUCCAUUAGUGUCUUCACCUUCUGACUUUAAAGGAGAUUUUUUCAAAGAUAUUCAGAGUGGGUUGAUAGGUGUGGGCCUCAUUAAUGUGGAGGACAGAUCCUGUGUAUUGACUCUAGACAAAGACUACAACAACAUAGGGAAGUUCCUAAACCGUAUUUUGGGCAUGGAGGUCCACCAGCAAAAUGCCUUGUUUCAGUACUUCUCUGACACUCUGGCAGCAGUGAUUCAGGAAGCCAAGAGGAACGGCAGAUAUGACAUGGGCAUUCUUGAUGAGAAACAACAAGAAAACAGCCAUACUGAUCAAAGAGGUCAACACUAAGAAGAGGUUGUUCCUGGUGUACAGGCCCAACACUGGCAGACAACUCAAACUGGAAACAUAUGCAGACAUCAAGAAAAAGUAUAAAAAGGUGUUGUCAGAGGAUGCAAAGCAACACUGGACUGACCAGUACCAGUCUUCAGGGAAAAUAUGCUCUCAUGCAUUUUGGCGUGGAAACUGUAAGAAAGCCUCAAUGGGUCUGCUGUGUGACGUUGGUCUCCGGUGCAGAACCUACUACGUUGUGUGUGGCUCUGUACUCAGUGUGUGGAAUGAGCUGGAAGAAGUUCUGUCUCCGGUCAGUGGAACAAACGUGAAGGUGCAGAUUGUCCGUCUCAGAACAGAAGAUGGACAGAGGAUCGUUGGACUGAUCAUUCCAGCGAACUGUGUUUCUCCUCUGGUCAACAAGUUGUCCACAUCAGACCAGAGCCAGCAGCUGGCUGUGCAGGAGCUCCAGAAGAGGCAGCAGCUCCAUCCUCAGAGUCUCAGCCAUGCUCCCAACACUUAGUGGCCUGCUUGGUGCCACUGCUGUCCACUCUGAAGGGAUCUGACCCAGUCUGUUCCAGUCCCUCCACUGGUCUGAUCUGGGACUCUGUGGAGACUGGGACAUGUCAGCGUUAUUGUACAGAGGUUUGAGUCAAAUACUGGUCCUCUGACAUUCAGAGGGAUCUUUGUGUUUCCCAUCGAGGCAUGGUUUCAACUAACUGGGAAUCCACUUCUAAUUACAUUUGAAGCCAUUUAGUCCAGAAUGUUUGGUCCAGUUUAGGCUGGGAGUCAGGACUCAAACAGAACCACAUGUUUCAGGUCAGGACUGUUGUUUAGAUGGGCAUUCAUUCAUUUACAAUCCUAAAACCUCCCAGCUCUUCAACAACUACAGCAGUCAACGAGUUUCAUCUUUGAAAUCAAAAAUAGUUUGGUUUCAGUCUGAUUUGUGCUUUUCUUUAACUCUGUUGUUGUUUUUGUUUUUGUUUUCUACCAAAGACCAAACGGCUGUAGUCAGUGUUGCAGUUUCAUCCUUGCUUUGAGUUCACUAAAAACCCUAACCAUUUAUCAAAGUACUGAGUUUAUUUAGACCUUUUUUCUCUAUGUUUAUACAGAAACAUGAAAAGCCAGGGCUUGUCAGUACCUACACAUGCAGCAGUCAAAACCAUUUCAAAAACAUAUGUUUCCUUUUAAAUUGUUCUUAUUUUACUUAAAUAAUAAAAUAAUGAGGAGAUUCUGUGAAUUAAAACCAGUAUCCCACUGGGCUGUAACUGGUGGAAACACUGAGGACUCAAAAUUACAAGAAAACAGAUUUUUUAUGUUUCCUUUCAGCAGUCAUGUUGUGUUUUAGUUGGUUAUAUAUGAAACUGUAGUUUCUUUACAUCUGCACAGGUUUUAUCAUCCAGCUGAAGCUGAGCAGGUUGUUUGUGUCGCCCCCCCCCCCCCCUCCACAUAUCAGCCUGUUCUGGUGGCUGCUGUCACAUUUAUAAUCAAACCUGCUGAGAACAGGUUUUAAACCAGUGACACUGAUGUGCUUCUGUACCUGCUCAGCUCCUGCAGGAGGUACACCUGAGCUGAGGCAGGGUGCAGGUGCAGCUCCUGCAGGAGGUACACCUGAGCUGAGGCAGGGUGCAGGUGCUCACACAUGUGUUGAACAGGUGGGAACACUAACUUAAAGCCUCUGUGACCAGGAAACUAAAAACUUCAUAAACAUGUGGAGACCUUGUGGAGUAUGGCAAGCCGUUGGGGCCAUAAGUCAGGCGUAUAUUUACGUGCAAAUCCUAAAGCGUGUUACCGUAAAUAACGCACAAACGCGUGGUGGCGUUACGCGCGAAUGCGUGGUGGGUUAGGGUAGAAAACGCCACCGCGCGUUUGCACGUUAUUUACGGCACCGCGCGUUCGGAUUUGCACGUAAAUAUACGCCCGAUUUAUGACCCCAACGGCUUGCCAUAGUGGAGACCUGAUGAAACAACUGGUUUCACUGUUGAUCAGCACCACAACAAGAUGUAACAACUUUGACAUUUACACAUAUUUACUGUUGAGCCAUCUUCUAAUUUGUGAUUAAAUUAAUUUUCAUUGUUCA